AUGGACGACGGAAAUACGAUAACGACAAGACUUCUGACGUUACUGAAUGUGUCCGCAACAAAAGCCGGGAAACGAAAGCGGACGUACGAAGAUGAGCUCCUAGUUGGCGAGAAGUUAAACAAACGCAAGUCCAUACAGUUCGACGACGUUGGGAAGGAAAAUAACGCUGCGAUCUCUGAGGAUUCGGAUUUGGCUGAUAAGUCAGAAAAAGAUGCAGUACAGGAGAAUGAAAACGGUGCAGAGGAGGAGGAUGAAGAGGCGGAACAGAUGGAUAACAUGGAUUCCGAAGAUCCCAAAGACCUCUACGAGGCUCACUUUGGAGUGAAGCCUGUUGACCUGACAGCUAAGUCAAGGGCUUCUGUUGAUGAAUGCCUAUGGUCAGAUUCACAGACGAAACUGGGGAGGAUAGGAUCAGCGAUCUUGUCAGUGCCCGAGGGGUCACAAAAUCUAGUCUUGAACGGGACGAAUAUCUUGGAGAGACUAGCUACACCGUUUCAAUCCCGUCAGGCUCAGCAGCCCAAAGAGCACACCGAAUACCAAAACGAUCUACUGUCUGCUUUGGCAACACACCGAGAUCUGUACUUGACGUCGUCUCCUUCGGAAUUCUAUAAAAGUGGCAGGGAAGCGAUAUCUCUGCACGCCAUCAACCAUGUUACCAAAAAACGGCGGCGAGUACUGAAAAAUAACGAACGUCUGGCUCACGCCGCAAAAUCAAAAUUAGACGCACCUGAAGAUGUCCAAGACCAAGGAUUCACUCGUCCUUCUGUCCUGCUACUCGUCCCUUUUCGUUCUUCAGCAGUUCGCUGGUUCCACGCUAUCACCUCCCAUACACCACCUCCUUCCUUCCAAAUCGAGAAUCAAGCGCGGUUCCUCUCUGAAUAUGGGUUGCCACCAGGUGCUAUAGAUAAAAUCGCUUCAGCUGAGCCUGGAACCUACCCUCAAGACCAUGUCGAAACCUUCGAAGGCAACGUUGACGAUAACUUCAGAAUUGGAAUCAAAUUAACAAGGAAAAGUGUCAAAAUGUUUUCCGAGUUCUACGGCAGCGACAUAAUAAUUGCCAGUCCCCUCGCCUUGAGAAUUUCGAUAGAGAAAGAAGAGAAAGACGAUUUCUUAUCGUCUAUCGAAAUGGUAGUUGUCGAUCAGAUGGAUAGUCUGAUGAUGCAAAAUUGGGAUCAUAUCCAGUUCAUAUUUUCUCGACUCAACAAACUUCCAAAAGAAUCGCACGAUACAGACUUCUCUCGUGUAAAGCCAUGGUAUCUUGAUGGACAUGCUGCUUACCUGCGACAGACCAUCCUCAUGUCUGCGUUCGAAACACCAGAAACCCGGUUUCUAUACAACUCUAGCUUGAAAAACGUUUCCGGCCGACUCAGAGUCGAGACGCGGUAUUUGCCCAUUGCAAUACCAGAUGGCAUCGAUCAGAAUUUUAUUCAUUUCGACUGCCCAAACCCGAAGGAAGAGAGCGAUAGGCGAUUCAACUAUUUUACGACUCAACUCCUUCCCACGGUGCUCAAGUCUGCUGUCCAGAGCGCGAAUACCGUCAUCUUCAUCCCCUCGUCGUUCGAUUUUAUUCGGGUCCACAAUUACUUCAGAAAGAAUGCCGGUGUGACAUUCAGCGUUCUCUCAGAGUACUCUUCAAAUGCAGAUAUUUCGCGUGCUCGUCAAGCCUUUUUCUCGGGAAAGUCGGCCUUCUUGCUCAUUAGCGAACGUUUUCAUUAUUACCGCCGCUAUAAGAUUCGAGGCAUUCGUAAUCUCAUAUUCUAUGGGCCGCCUGAUCACCCUCAAUAUUUUACUGAACUCCUGUCUUACCCCUUCCUCGAUGACGGCGUGGAAGCCUCAGAUGUGACGUGCCGUGUCCUUUACAACAAGUACGAUUGGUUCCGCUUGGAACGUGUCACCGGUACCGAGGCCGCCUUGGAACUUAUCAAGAGUUGA